AUGGCGACCGUGAAUCGCCUCCUGCACCCCAUCGAACACCACCGCGAAAAAAAGAGCGGCGCGCGCCAGCCCUCGAUCCCGCUGCACGACCGCAACGACUCGGCCAUGGACAAGCCGCGCGAGGCCGAGAAGCACACGCUCGCCCAGUGGGAGGCCCAGCGCUCUGCCCUCACUCCCGACGAGAUCGACAAGGAUCCGGAGCACAAGCCCGUCGGCCACUCCAGCAAGGUCCUGCGCCAGGAGGACUUUGAGCUCAUCAAGACGCUCGGCACCGGCACCUUUGCCCGCGUGUGGCUGGUGCGCCUGAAAGACGCUCAGCAGGGCGACCAGGACAAGGUCUUUGCCCUGAAGAUCCUACGCAAGACGGACGUCAUCCGGCUCAAGCAGGUCGAGCACGUGCGGAACGAGCGCAAUGUCCUCGCCAAGGUCGCAGGGCAUCCCUUCAUAACCACAAUGGUAGCCAGCUUCCAGUCCAUGGACGCGCUCUACAUGGUCCUCGACUACUGCCCCGGCGGCGAGGUCUUCAGCUACCUGCGCCGGGCACGACGCUUCAACGAGCCCACCUCGCAGUUCUACGCCGCCGAGAUUGUGCUGAUACUCGAGUUUCUGCACGAGAGAGAAGGCGUCGCCUACCGCGACCUCAAGCCCGAGAACAUACUCAUCGACGCCGAGGGGCACCUUAAGCUGGUCGACUUUGGGUUCGCAAAGAAAGUAGAGAACCGGGAGACAUACACAUUGUGCGGCACGCCCGAGUACCUGGCGCCCGAAGUCAUUAGGAACACCGGCCACGGCACCGCAGUCGACUGGUGGGCUUUUGGCAUCCUCGUGUAUGAGUUCCUCGUUGGCCAGCCCCCUUUCUGGGACCAGAACCCGAUGAAGAUCUACGAACAGUACGCCUCGCCCGCUCGGCCUCGCCACGUUGCUGACCCCACGCAGAAUCGUCGAAGGCAAAGUGCGCUUCCCCAGCGCCAUGUCGGCGCCGGCGCGCGACCUCAUCUCCGGGCUCUGCACCGUGGACGUGUCGAAGCGGCUGGGCAACAUCGCCGGCGGCGCGUCGCGGGUGCGGCAGCACGAGUGGUUCCAAGACAUUGACUGGGACAAGAUGUACAGGCGCGAAGUGCAGGGCCCGAUUGUGCCGCACCUGCGCGGGCCCGCCGACACGCGCAAUUUCGACGACUACGAGGACGAGAGCGGGAACCGCGAUCCGUACACCAAGGAGCUGAGCGAUCGGUGGGACGAGUAUUUCAAGGAUUUUUAG